AUGUCUCGAUAUCUGGCAUGGGGCAGUAACAUCACCGGCUCGCUUGAUCCGCUCAGUGGAGAUCAAACCAUCCGCGAACCUCGGGAUGUGACCGGCUCUAUUGGCUCUUCUGGAAUCGUCUGGACAGGUUGGGCCAGCACUGUCGCGAGGACUGCGGACGGACUGAAGAUGUGGGGAGGCUCCCCACUGAAUGAUCCAGGACCUUUCACUGAUCUGGCUCUCGGUGCGGUCAAGCGGGUCCUGGGCUUUGACAGUGUGCUAGCCUAUCUUGACGGAGAGGGAUACGUGCGGAACUUUGAAGGCCAGAAAUCAGCUCAAGCCUGGAAUGAUGUGACCAUUUCAGGGCUUGGUGUAGUAUUCGCGUUCAAACAUGAUGCUGGAGUCUGUUUCUUCCCCACUCUAGACGACCUCUUCUCCCCCACUUCCAGAUCCGAAACACCGCUCUCCUAUCCCACCCUCAACCCCUCCCAUCCCGCCUCUCUAUACAGCAUGGAAUCCCGCGCCUUCCUCCAUUCGGCCGGACCCAUGCAUCAGCUCUUCGAGAUCAUCUCGGACGACCGGGGCAAGCCUUGCCCACCUCGUCUAGAACUCAUUGAGGACCUCGAAGGGAUGGAGUUCCAUAUCGUGCCGGGAGCAAGAAACCGCUUAGGAAUCGUGACAACUGCGGGGGAGGCGUAUGUGCUGGACAAGCGGUCGGUCGAGGUGGAACUUGUCGAAGCACCGGGGGAUGUGAGGCUACUGGGCCUUGGAUCGGACUUUGAGGUGGUAGUGACGGAGCAAGAGGAGGUCUUUACCAGUUUGGCCAGCUCGGAUUAG